UGUCCACUCCCCACAAAGUAGCACAGGAUGAGAAACCAGUUCCCCUCAGUCUGAGCAGCUGUGCAGUGACUCUACCCAGUGUCAGCUUUCCAUCUCUCUCUGAAAACACUUCAUUGUCUCAGAAUUUCAGGAGAUUACAAAAUCCUCUGGAUCACCUUCUGAGAGAUUUACUAUUUGCUCUUCACACACACACUCACACACAGACACAGACACACACAGACACACACACAUACACAGACACAGACACAGACACACACUCACUCACUCACUCACUUGCUCACUCACUCACUGCUUCCUGCCCUGCAAAGGCUGGAUACCACUGAAGAAUUUUCUGAAGAGGCUUAUCCAUGACUGGAGAGAUGGUGAAUUACUACAAGCAAAUUGUUCUUCUGUCUGGAUUAGAAUAUAUGAAUGACUAUAACUUUAGAGCACUUAAGUCCUUACUGAACCAUGACCUAAAACUGACUAAGAACAUGCAAGAUGAUUAUGACAGAAUUAAGAUUGCUGACUUAAUGGAAGAAAAGUUCCCAGAGGAUGCUGGAUUGAGCAAACUGAUAGAAGUAUGUGAAGACAUUCCAGAACUUGCAGCUCGUGUUGAUAUACUUAGAAAAGAGAUGGAGAAAGUUAAAAAUAAAACCAAAAUAAAAUCGGAAUCCAGUCCUCUCCCACUUACCUCCAGCCUGAUGGAAGCUUGGGAAGUAGAACCAGCUAUGGUGACAGCUUCAUCAGAGGAAAGCAAAGAUACUAUCCCUGAAUCACCUGAUACCAUGACAACACAGUUUUUGGAGGAAAAGCCUAAGUUUCCAUUACUUUCAGCAACCAGCACAAGCCAGGCUGAGGGUGAACCACUGACUCCCCAGAGGUUUCCAACAACAGCCUCCAGCAGUCUCCAGACACCCCUGGAGCCUACAGAAAUAUUGUCCACCAUAUUGGCAACAUCUCAGGGUUCUUCAGCACCAUAUUCCACCUGUGACAAAUCUUCUCGGGUGCCUCCAGUGACAGUCUCCAGCAGCCUCCAGACCAUCCAGACCUGUCAGGCAACCUCAACACUUCCUUGUAGUCACCACACUUCUCUGGAGUCUCCAAAAACAGAGCCCAGCAGUGUCCAGGCCACUCAGAUGACUCAAGCAAUAAAGGCAAGUGGUCAUAAUUGUCCUCAGGUGCCUGCAUCAGCAGUAUCCAGCAGUUUCAUUAAACCUCAGGUGACCCCAGCAAUGUUACUCAGCGGUGUCCAAACUCCUUUGAUGCCUCAAGCAACAGUGCCCAGCCGUGCCCAGACCUUUCAACUAACCCCAGCAAAAAUGACCAGUGGUUGUAAUAGUCCUCAGAUGUCUGCAGCAACAGUAUACAGCAGUUACAGUAACCCUCAGGUGACUCCAGUGCACAGCAGUGUCCAGAUCUUGCAAAUGAACCUAGCAGCAAUGACCAUUGGUUGUAAUAGUCCUCAUGUAUCUGCAGCAACAGUAUCCAGCCCUUACAAUAACCCUUGGGUGACUCCAGCAACAUUUCCCCGAAAUGCCCAGACCUUGCAACUCUACCCAGCAGCCAUGGCCCAUGCCUGUAAUAGUCCUCAGGUGUCUGCAGCAACAAUAUCCAGCAGUUACAAUAAUACCCCUCAGGUGUCUUCUGUAACAGUGCCCAGGAGUUUUCCUGCCAUGUCUCUGUCUCCAGCAAAGCCACUCAAGGCAAAGAUAGGAUCUCAUCUGGGUGCUACAGACCAGCUGGUAAAGGAUCACCAGUUUGAGGACAAUGAAAUGCAGAAUCCCCAGUCUGGAUUAGGGACAGGCUUAUCAGAUCAGCCCCGCCUGUCCCGAACACAAAGCCGCACAGAGAAGAGAAGGAGAAAGCAGGAAGAACAGCCGCUUGCAACCAAAAUGAAGAGACUCUCCCUAUCUCCACCACAGACAACAGCAAGGAGAGUCAACCCGAUGCCAACCUGGGGACAACUAAAGAAGCUGACUCGUGAGGCGGAGGGACUAGUACAGAGAACGGGCAACAAGCUUUCAUCAGAGACAAUGUUUUUGGCCAUGCUUGCUUUAAUAGCUAUGCAGGUGACUGCCAUAGCGGGAGAGUUUUUGGGCUUACAUACCCAAGCCACCAUUUCUUCAUCCGGUCGGGUAGAAAGGACAGAAUAAUAUAAAAGUCACGACUAGUAAUUCAUAGUUUUUGGGUGGAUUCCAAGAUUUUGGUAGGAAUCAUCAUAUUUCCAAGCAUGUAAAUUAUAAGGGAAGGUCUGAUGUAGUUCCUAGUUGCCUAGCACUUAAAGGAGCUGUACUGAUAGGGUUCUUGCCAGUCAACUAUAGAUCUUUUGUGACUGUUGCUCAUGAUAAUGAGGAUAGGCUCAAGUGCUGGGUAUGGAAAUUGCAAUCUCAGUUGCUUGGAUAUGAAAAUUAUAAUAAAACUUCUGAGACUGUACCUAGACUACCAGUCCCUGAUUGUGUGGUAAUUAUGGGAGAUAAAGAUAAUGAUUAUACUUGGAAUAGUAUGAUUACUGAGUACCCUGUGUGGCUAGAUUGUGGAUUUAAGCAUUCAGCUACAGUUUUUCAUCCUAGGGGAACUCAAGAUAAUUUUAAUUUAAUUUUGCUCUCUUUUUAAGGAACUCUCAGAUUAUCAAUUUCAUGGGUUUGAUCCUGAUAUGAGGAAUGAGCCUUUGAAAUGAUAUUUCACUCCAGGCUUUGUAGCCCCGAUUUGGGUUGGUCAUUCUGUUGCAUAUAAUACUACUGCUAUUCAAGCAGAUUUGUUUAGACUUGUUGCUACUGCUAACAUGAUCUUUUUAACAAAACCCAAAGCUCAGGUCAACUCCCCUAUAGCAGUGAAAUCUUGUGUUCCUUAUCUGUAUGCUACAUUGUUGGAUAGUUUGACAGAGUUAAGAUCACAAAUGUUGGCAAGUCUUUUCAUAUUCAUUAUAAUUCUUGUCAAUUAACUAAUUGUGUAUAUCCUAAUUUAGAUACGGAAUCCGCUAUUAUGAUUUUGUUAAAGAGAACUGCUUAUGUUUUUGCUGCCUGUGGAAAUGAUCUUUGGUUUGAGAAUUUGGGAAUGCAAACUUUGAAAACAUUAAGUGAGCUUAUUCGACCUAAGAGAUUUGUUACAGCUCUGAUAUGGGGAUUACUGCUUUAAUAGCAAUUAUAACUUCUUUUGCAUUAUCUACCACAGCCCUAGUUCAGCAGCUGCAUACUGCUCAUUUUGUUAAUGAGAUGCAUAGGAAUAUUUCCAUAGCUCGGUCAGAACUACAUCUUAUAGACAAGAAACUGGAGGCAAAGGCUAAUGCUUUAGAAGAAGUAGUUUUAGCAGUGGGACAGGAUAUAGCAAAUAUUAAGGUUAGGUUAGCUACUAAAUGUCAUGCUUCAUUUCAAUAUAUUUGUGUCACACCAUUACCUUAUAAUGCAACUAUUAAUUGGAAAAAGACUGGAACGGUUAAAGACAGAAAUUUCAGAUAUUAGCAGAAGUCAAUUGAUGAAUUGGCCAGAGAUUUAAAAAAUAAUCUAAGUGCAACGAAUCCCUUAGAUUGGGUUCAAUAUAUAAUCUUGCUUGCUAUUAUUAUUGGCAUUAUUUUAUUCAUAAUUGUUGUGUUUCUACUCAUCUUUAGAGUUCUUCUGAGAUUUGUAACUACGACAAGGGAGGACAUUCUGGAACUUCAUCUGAAAAAUAAGAAAGAGGGAAUGCUACACAAACUCCAGUGAAGACUGCAUGGCAGGCCCAAGAGCUUGGACACAGUGCUGAGGCAAAAAGUUUCAUGGAAACUUAAUGUCCUGGAGACUUGGCAUCCCUGUAGCAUGAAUGCUCCAAACUUGUUCUUGUGUUAGUUGGUGAAUGGAUCUGUAUGUUUUCUUUCAGUAUUGUUUUAUUAAUAGGUGCCUCUAAGUAAUGAUUUUACUAAUACCUAAAUCAGGUUGAAUUUUGCUUCCUGGCCUUCACCAAUGUCCUAGGCAGUCCUGGAGCUGACCCUGGGCUUGGAAUUUCAUAAGAAUGUUACUCAUUCAGACGAAAUGCCCCAGUGUUGACAGUUAGUAAUCUGGCAUCUCACAGUUUGCCAGAUAGGAGCUAGAAAUCUCAGGACUAGUUCAAAAUAGUAAACUUAGAAUCCUCAUUACAGUCAGGUAUGGCAGACUACAUUGCAUAUUAGAAGAAAGUUGAGUUCUACUGACCAAUGGAGAUUUCCCUACAGACACUUAAAAGAGCAGCCAGGUUACUCCCAUAUGAAAGAAUUUACAAUGGCCUAGGAAUAAGGAGGGUUGUAGUUUAAGGAAGAACUAGAGUAUUGCAUUAUUCAUGAAAAGGUCAGCAAGAGCAGAACCCCCCUGGUGCAAGCUUUCACAAGGCUCAGAGGAAUAGCAUAAAUUGUGACUAGGGUGUGAAAUCCUCACCUGGCUCCUGUCAAUAGCUGCCUUUAGAUAGGUCUGAUCUUAUCUCAAUUGUAAACAUUGCCUGGUUUCUGCCAGUCUUUAUGUAUGCAUCUUUUGUUUUGUGUCAGAUUACUUCAAUGUACCUUGGCUGAUGUGUCACCUAACUUCUCUGUUUUCUUCUGUAAUAUAAAUCUGAUAUUCAGUUUGAGAAAUUACAU